CUGGUUACAGGUAACUUGGAUUCUUCAGAACCUCAGGAAGUACAGCUAACUGAAUUAUGUCAUCAUCAGCAUAUUAGGAAAUACAUUCCUGUAGAGCUGCUGUGUAGCACUCCGAGUGCUCUAGGUUCCUUCUGCCAAAAGACAGAUGCAAUAGGUACUUCUUCUUCAGACAAAGAAAAUGAGAACAACUUUCUGGAACACCCUACACAGCCAAUGCUCAGAUCCUUAAGACUUCAAGAAAGAUUAAGAAAACCCCUCUUGUCUCCUCUUUCUCUACUAGACAACAGAAAUUCUGUGGAAGAUGAAAUGAAUGAUUUGGGAAGCCCUAUUACCAGAAUUCCACUGCAUCAGGAUGGAGAGGAAGACUGUGUAGGGGAGACUUCACUUGAGCUAAUGGAGGUUUUCCUAGAUGAGCAAGAAGUCAAGGAAUCAGAUGUAAAGAAGACAGUUUCAUUCUUUGAUGCUAAUGCCAUUCAGAUCUUGGGGGAAAAUUCUGACCAGAGGCAGCUGAUAGGUGAUUUCAGCAAGGUGUACAUACUACCAACAGUGACAGGAAAGCAUCAAGAUCUGAAGUACAUUAACCCAGAGAUGGUGGCUGCUCUGAUAUGGGGGCAGCUGCAAGACCUGAUUGAGAAGUUUUAUAUUAUUGAUUGCCGUUACCCAUAUGAGUAUCAAGGAGGUCAUAUCCAGGGAGCUCUGAACCUGCACAGUCAGGAAGAACUACAUAAUUUCUUCCUGAAGAAGCCUUUUGUCCCUUCUAGUACCCAGAAAAGAAUAAUCAUCGUGUUUCAUUGUGAAUUCUCUUCGGAAAGAGGCCCCCGAAUGUGCCGCUAUUUAAGAGAAGAAGACAGAGCUCUGAACAAGUACCCUGCGCUAUACUACCCUGAGCUGUACAUCCUCAAGGGAGGCUACCGAGACUUCUUCCUGGAAUAUGUGGAACUGUGUGAACCACAAAACUAUUGCCCAAUGCAUCAUCAGGACCAUAAAACUGAGCUUUUGAAGUGUCGCAGCCAGAGUAAAGCAUGGACUGAAGAGCGGCAACUCCAGGAACAGAUUGCUUGUCUCAUGAAGAAUGGGAAUUCAAGUUGAGGAAAGAACUGUCAUCAUAGCAGUUACUAGCUCACAAUGUGAACCCCAGAGAGGAAGUGACUUCUGCGGAAAAUCAGCCCGAUGGUUUACAGAAAAAUACUCAGCUGUACAAAUCAAAUCAACCUAUGUUCCAGUGAGAAUAGGAACCUUCUGUAUGGGCUAUGUCCUGAAGGCUGUCCAUCCUUAUUUAGCUAUAAAGUUUAUAGUAAUCAGAGAGAAUUCUUCUUUUCCUUCUUUACUACAUGUUUUUACCUCCUUCAAUCAGCUUGUCUUCUCUACUUGAAUUUCUUAUCAGGCUUGAGGUAGUAAAUUUUUUAUUCUCUCUGAAUUUUCCUUUCUCCCCAUUUAACCAAAAAAAAA